AUGGCUAUAAACUUAGAGAAACACCGGGAAGCAUUGAUUGCAGCAUGGACGGACGUAUUAGACGAAAAAACCGACACCAACUGGGCUCUAUUCGGUUACGACGGCUUAUCAAACGACUUGAAAUUUAUAAGCAAAGGCGAUGGAGGCCUUACUGAGUUAAUAGAUGACUUCAAUAGUGGAAAGAUUCAAUACGCCUUCCUAAAAGUAGAUGUACCCACAGGAAGCAUAUCAAAAUAUGUGCUUAUCAACUGGCAGGGUGAAGGUGCACCCACUGUACGUAAAGGCACCUGUGCGAACCACGUUAAGCACGUAGCUCAGUUCUUUACCGGCUUCCAUCUGACAAUGCACGCCCGUACGGAAGACGAUCUCGACGAGAAGAUCAUUUUAGAUAAGCUGGCGAAGGCCGGAUCAGCUUUUAACUUUAAGAGCAGUAGGCAAGAGGAGUUGCCACCGAGUGGACCAGUUGGGACUACGUAUAAGAAAGUUAAUCCAGUUCAGGAAAUUAAUUCCAAAGAACGGGACCAAUUUUGGCUUAAAGAGGAACAAGAAGAGAAGAAACGAGUAGAAGCCGAAAAGAAAAGACGAGAAGAGGAAAAAAGAAAAGCAGAGGAAGAAGUAAGAAGAAGAGAUGAGCUCGAGGCAGCGAGAAGAGCAAAAGCAGAACAACAGAAAACGGAGGCGGAUGCGGUAGCGGAAGCGGAGGCGGGCGGCGGUAGUGCGGGCGAGGAGCUGCGCCGCCAGCGCUCCGCGGAGGCGCGCCGCCUCAUCGGCGCCUCCACUGCGGCCGCACGCGCGCUCUUCCAGCAGAACCUCGCGCAAGGACAGCUGUCUGCACGAUCGAACUCCAUACCAGAUAAACCAGUACGUGGUUCGGUUAUAGCGCAACGGAUCAACACAUUCUCGCAGAGCACGUCGCCUCAACCGACCACGCCUGUAAAAUCUCCCACAAAACUAGAAAAGACAACCCUACAAGAGCCCACAAAUGAAGAACCCAAUGACCAACUCAAAACAAGCCCGCUGAAAAACAUAGACAAGAUAAAAAUGAGUCUUGAAAGUCCCUCCCAAAUACAAUACGAGCCAAUAAUAGAUCCCUCGGUGGAUUUGAGCCCAAGCACGGAGAAUGAGCCGAGCUCUUUCAGCGCGAUCAACUAUUCUGAAUAUAAUGAAACAACAUAUAGAGAUAUCAAAGGAAAUUUGCAGCAAAGUGAACCAAUGAUCAAACAGAAUAUUCUGGAAAACGAUAUGUUUGAUGCAUCCUACUCGAGUUCGAAUGAGAAUGAUGAUGAUGACAGUGAUAACAAAUUCAGCACAAUCAAGCGGUCUCCAUAUACCAAGAACACUGACGCUAAAUCUGAUCUGAGUCGACAGAACACAGUUAUAGAAAAUGUGAAUUAUAAGAAGGAGAAUGGUACAACCACGCUUGAUGAUGUAUCUCCCGAAGGUAUGGAUGAUGAAGGCACUAUUUACGAAGACUUGGAUGAUGAUCCAGGUCUCACAGCAAGAGCACUCUAUGACUACCAAGCAGCGGAUGAAUCUGAAAUCACUUUCGAUCCGGGAGACAUAAUCACCCACAUCGAACAGAUUGAUGCUGGAUGGUGGCAGGGUUUAGGCCCAAGAGGUGUGUUUGGGUUGUUCCCAGCUAACUAUGUUGAGUUAUUGCCAUGCCCCCCGCGUUAA